UUUACUCUUGUGUAUGGACAGACCAUAGAGCAGCAUCUCCCUCGGGCCGCGAAACAGCCCCUAAAAAUCACACUAGCUGAGCCUGAGUUGAUUGCCCUCUCUCCAGAGAAUCUGAGCCCUAAGCCAGAACAGUUGAAAUCGAAGACGAUGCCGCUAAAAUGGGUUUUGCAUUGGCAACCCAAUGCAGGGACGACGGUGAACAGUCAGAUCAUCAACGAAGUCACGCAGGUUGUGGAGAGCAUCAAUGGGAUUAAGGAAGGCAGGUGGAAAGCCACCAUCACUUUCUACAAACCCCUGCUUCGAGAGCAGGCUUUGGUGGGGAAUACCCGCGUGAUUUCUUGGGGAUUGCACUGCCAGAGCAGCCAAAUAAGUACUACCUUAUAAUCCGACCGCUUCGCAUAGUUCUUGAAGCUGAUUCUACGAUUACAAUGAUUAUGGAGAAACUGCAGUCUUACAAACAGAGGGUCUCGCUUAAUUUUGAGGGAUUUCAAUAUCAACUAGGGGACUUCCAAUUGAGAGUGGGGAAAGUCCUUCCGAAUCAGUCUGAGAAUUUGAGAGGAAUAGUUAUGGAGGUGGAGUACCUACCCAUUUCUUCAAUGGAAAAGGCAAGGCAAAUCAUGGAAGAGUUUAUGACUAUAUGGGAUCAGGCUGUGUUGAAAAGAGCAUUACCAGGCCACUUUGUGCAUAUGGAACCAAACUUUGGUGAGUUUGGCCUUGGAGACCAGUAUACUUCACAACACACUGCCGUCCAAUAUGCUGCUGUUAUGGCUCAACUAAUUGCGACCGUGCAAGGAAGAAAUUAGGAACAAGAAGAUCUUCAUGUUUGCCACUUGCACAACUGGUUUGAUGUGUUAAUGUUUUCAAUCCCAGUUUACUCUGGGACCAAGGGGAGGAAUGAACAUCCAAGUUAGGUUUUGGUUCCGUAAAGUACAUGGUAGUUUGUUAAAUGGAAAACAUAGUCCUGUUACUCUCAUCACCUUGUUGAAUUCUUUAGAGUUGAAAGAACGCUUUGGUUUUCGAUGGAAGACCGAAAGCAUAUGGUA